GGGAAGAAGGCAGCGGCACUUCCGGCCGCUGCUUCACUUCCGGUUCGAGGCCUGACGCCUGGUGACCCGGGGACCGCCGGCUGUGCUGGCACAGUCCUGCAGGAGCCUGCGCCCUGGAGAGGUGGCUUCGUGACCCCCUGAGCCCAGGAGACCACCGGAGCGGUCCCCCGCGCCUCUGCUCCUGCCUCAGCCUCGCGCCAACCUUGUUCUCUUUGCGUGCUACCCACACUAAAAAAAUUGUAUUAGCUGCCUGUUUUAUGCAAACACGGAAACUAGACUAACAGAACUACUAACGUUUUCAAUAAGCUGAAUACUAAGAGGUUCCGAGUUUAAAUUAUAGACGAGGAAACUCAUGAAAAUCUGAUGAAAUCCGAGUGUUAGAAUUCAGUGGGAAAAUACUGGGUUUUCUGCCUCGCUGCAUACACUAACCCCCCAACUCCCACCCCCCACCCCCAUCCGCGCCCCCGCCCCCGCCCCCAGAACUCAGAACAUUUCUUUUGGGAACUCGCAAUUUAGAGCUGGUUUGUAAAGCAUAAUGUGUCUUGACCCGCGUGGUAGUUUUCCUUCCUCUCUGGUUUUUGAGUUAUAGCACUUUAUACCUUCCCCUUAUCCCAAGGACCAGCUGAUAAUUCAUAUGAAUGUUUUUUAGGAGCACAUUCUAAACAUUCUUGUUAACUUUAAGAACAUUAACAUCCAGAGAUGAAAACCACGACAUGAACGCAAAUUUUUCUUUUAAAAGCAUUUCAUGUCCUAGUUUUCUUGGAAGUCAAAUUUUCAUUGUCUUACUAUAAGGUGACUUUCUGCUAAUAACCUUUGGCUGUGUGCCAUAUUAAUUUAAGGUAACUUAUACAAACAUAGCUAUCGCUUUCCAUCUUAAGUGAUUUACAACUGGAAGUGAUAAUGUUUUGCAUCUGAAAUGCAAACUUUUGCACCUUAAAGUGAGUUCUAAAGUCUGCUCGGUAAAUUUUAAUAGCCUUAUCUGUACUCAGUAUAAGAGUAUCCUAUAAGCAAAAGUAUAAAAACAACAUAAGAAAUUUUAUACAACCUUUUAAAUUACUCUGUAGCCAAGCAGAUUCUUAUUUCCAACUUUUGUCGUCCUCCUUUUCCUCAGUGUCAUAUUUCAGAUUAUAGGCACAAAAGCACACACCGAUUUACUUCUUGGUUGUACCUUACUAUUUUUAUUCAGUGUUAUUUUUCAAUUCACUGGCAUAAAAGCACAUUGUAGCAUAAAUUCAAACACUCUGACCUACAUGUUUCUAAUGGUGAGAUUUUUUUUAAUGCCAUUCGUAAUGAGUCUAGUUCUUCUCUGUUAAUUUUCAUAGUUUUGAUGUCUCAUUUCACCUCAGACCAUCUCUGCUCUGUCAGCAUUCCCUGUGUGUCCUUGCUUGAUGUUUUCUGAUUCCGCAUGCGGCUGGCUAAAUGUCUCUAGGAUUUAGGAAACAGGAAGCCAGGGGUAACCUUUCUCACUUCUUUAAUCCGAUAACUGUCUGGGUAAAUGACAGCAGUUUGUCUUAAAUACAAUAAUGGCGCUAUUAUUUUGAACUACUUCAAAGAGAUCAUUUGCAGCCAGUGUAGAACCCAAAGAAAGAAAUAAAAGCCAAGAAAUGCCCCAUUCCACGCACAAAGAACUGCUCCUUGGCAUCAUGGCGGGAACUGCUGGGAUCAGCUUGCUGGUCCUAUGGUACCACAAGAUCCUUAAGCCCAGGACAACAAUGAUUUUCCCCAAGUUUCUUUCUUUGGGUAAGAAAUCCGAUUCACUCACUUUGCAAGAUGAAAGCUAUAGUGAACAAGGAACAUCAGUGGUCUUUCAAAGGGGGCAGCUCCAGAUCCUGGAGAAGUUAAACGAGUUACUGACCAAUGUGGAGGAACUGAAGGAGGAGAUCAAAUUCCUUAAAGAGACGAUUCCAAAGCUGGAGGAAUGUAUACAAGAUGAACUUGGAGUGAGGGUAACAGUUCAUCAGGUCAGUCCUCAGCACAGAGCUAGAAAAAAGAAGACAACGACGACGACAGUCCAACGUCCAGCUACAAGCAAUAGUUCAGAGGAGGCAGAAAGUGAAGGAGGGUAUAUUACAGCUAACACUGACACAGAAGAACAGAGUUUCCCGGUCCCUAAGGCUCUUAACACACACAUAGAGGAUCUAAAGUUGGAUGUCCUCCUUCAGAAGGUAGACCACUUACGGCUAAAUGAGGCUCACAAAAUGGAGAGUUUCGAGCUACUUUGUGACCACAAAGAGAAGUUUAGUGAAGAAAUAGAGUUUCUGUGGCGGCUUGUCCGUGCCUAUGGAGACAUGUAUGACCUAUCUACAAACACGCAGGAAAAGAAACACUAUGCUAAUGUUGGAAAAACUUUAGGAGAGAGAGCUAUUACCAGAGCGCCUAUGAAUGGACACUGCCAUCUGUGGUAUGCACUUUUGUGUGGUUAUGUAUCUGAGUUUGAGGGCUUGCAAAAUAAAAUUAACUGUGGACAUCUAUUCAAGAAGCAUCUAGAUAUAGCCAUCCAGCUUUUGCCUGAAGAACCCGUUUUAUAUUACCUCAAGGGAAGAUAUUGUUAUACUGUCUCAAAACUCAGCUGGAUUGAGAAAAAAAUGGCUGCUACUCUAUUUGGGGAAAUACCAUCUUCAACAGUUCAUGAAGCUUUGCAUAACUUCCUUAAGACUGAAGAAUUGCAACCUGGGUAUUCUGUGUCCAACUAUAUGUAUGUGGCCAAGUGUUAUGUUGAUCUUGGGGAAUCUCGGGAGGCUUGGAAAUUCUGUAACUUGGCAUUGUUAUUGCCUAUCGUCACCAAAGAGGACAAGGAUGCACACAAGGAAGUGAAGAAAAUAAUUGGUUCUUUGAAGAGGUUGAGAUCACCAAACGUGACCUUUAAGUCUUCUGUGAGGAGAUGGAGCCUGUCACAUCACACUUGCUGUUCAGUCAAGUGCAUAGGACCUUCCACUGAUUCAAUCCCGUCAGCCAGUCUGUCCUGUGACCUCAAACAACACUGUCUGACCUCUUCCUUUGACGUUCAGUGACAUGCUUUGGAUGAAUUGUUACCUCAUUGGUAAGGACACGCGCCCAUUUCCUAGGUAGUCAAGAGAAAACUCCGUUUAUCUGCGCUCUUAUGCUGAUCAAAACCUACGUUUAAAGCUCUCCCCCUUUUCUUUUUGAGAGAUUCAGUCUAAGAUAGAAUGUGUUCUACAUGUCAGAGCAGUCAUUUCGUGGCAACCCGAAACUUCAUCCCUAGGACGUUAUGGGAUUCCUCCCCCAACCUCUCGCCCUUGUUGACAAUGUAAAACAAACCUCGUCUGGCCUGGGUCUUAUCUCUGUGAAAGAGUCAGCACACUGGUUUAAGUUCUUCACUGCCCCUAUUAAUUUUAAAAGAACACAUGCAGAAAUCCAGAUAAAAGGGAUUUUUAAUGAGAUGUUUAUGCCUCCAGUUCUCUUUUUCUUUUGAUGAUGAUGAUGAUGAUGAUGACGACGACGAUAAAUACUGACUUUUCUUUACUUUUCAGAAUCUCCUUGGGGAUGCUCUGGCAAGGGUCCCGACAGGAAGCCACCACUGUGCAGAAGCUAGGCACUGGGUCUUUAUGAGGUCUGGAUGUCUCCCACUCUUUUCCUGCUCUGCCUGGAGAUGUGUCCCCUCCUACCCUGUCACUGAAAAAAAAAAGAGUCUAUUUCAGUCAGACACUUGACUUGUGCUAGACACGAUGCACAGAGACUGGACCCAGGCUAGACCGCCCAACCCUGUACCCCUAACAGCACCAUAGCUUGGUGGCUAAAUGCCAAGGGUACUGAGUUCUGGCAAGCUUAGUUCUAGCUGCUUCCUUGAAACUAUCCCAGAUCAAGAAGCUCAAGCAUGAAAACCAGACUCUUUCAGAGGAGAACUUUGGGUCUCCAGUGAUCGAUUCUCAACAGACUUUCUACCAAUCGAUAAGAUAACCAAUAGCCAUAAAUUAUCAAGAACAACUCGAGAUCCCAAAAGAUAUCCUGUAUUGUCAAAGAAAGACUAAAUUAUAGGGGAUAAUUAAAAUAUUUAAUACGGUGAUAUGCUGACAUUCUAUUCCAAUGGUUUUAGUUUGUUGGUUGGUGUUUCGGUUUGGUUUUUGGUUUUGGUUUUUGAUUUUUGGGUGUUUGUUUUUGUUUUGGGGGGAUUUUUGGGGACUUGUUUUGUUUUGGUUUUGAGCCAAGGUCACACAAUACAGUUCUUAACUCAUAGUUCUCUUAUCUAGAUCUCCUGAGUACUGGCUUUGUAGACACAUGCUACUAUACUCAGCUUCCAAAUAUUUUUAAUUUUCAUUUUUAUCAUCAUCAUCAUCAUCAUCAUCAUCAUCAUCAUCAUCAUCAUCAUUAUUCCUGUGUUUACGUGUGUGUGUGUGUGUGUGUGUGUGUGUGUGUGUAAAACUUUAUGGAGCUGGUUCUCUCUUUCCAGUCUCACAUGGAUUCCAGAGAUAAAAUUAAGUCUUUGGGCUUAUAUAGUGUCAAAAUAUGGUCUAGGACUCAUGAGAAGCUUGUGAAUUCUAAGAGCUUGUGAGAACACUCCAAGAAAACAAGUCUUGCAAGCUCAGUUUCUUCAAAACACAGACUGGUUCUUGGAAUGUGUUUUGUGCUCCUCCCAGGAGUAGCAGAGUUUACUUCAGGUUACCCAUUAUUGCUUGCAGGUGUUCGUCAAUUAAAUAUUUAAACUAUGCUUUAUAUGCCUCUAUGGAAAAAUAUGUUUCUGCCAUGUGCUGCCUGUCUCUGUCAUUGUAUAUCUCCUGAACUCUAGAGAACUUUACCCAUGUGAAUGUUCUUACCCCCUCAGAGUAUAAAUUGUCCGAGGCCCUGAAUAAAGUUGGCUGCUCCAUGAGACCUUAGCCUGCCUCGUUUAUUGUUUCCAUUCUCCCAGAUCCAACCACCUUUGGAGCAGUGACAGUACAGCAUAAGCCAUCUUGCUUGCCCUCCAUCUAUUGAUGUUAAAUUUAAAACAUUGACAUUCCCUAAUGCAUUUAGAUGUAUUAAUUUGUAAGUUACAAAUAUUAAUAACAUACUAAAAUGUUCAUAAGAAAACAAGCACAAAUGUAAAACAUGUUAUUAGGGGGCAGGAAAAUAACUCAAUGGGGAAGGUGCUUGCUAUGUAAGCAUGAGGAACUGAGUUCAAAUCUCCAGCCCCCACAUAAAAAUCCAGGCAUGGCAGUGCACACCUAUAAUUCUUGUACUAGGGAGACAGAGAAAAAUUGGGUCUGAGCUCUCUGCCCAACUAGCCUGGAAGAAUUCAGGUUUAGUAUAGAGCUUGCUCUAAAACAUGUGGAAAGCAUGAGGAAGACCCCCAACAUUGGCCUCUGGCCUCCACGUGUACAUAUGUACAUCAUACACACGCACACACAAAGGGUCAGAGAGAGAGAACAUUUUAUAGGAUAAAUAUAAAAUUUUUUUAUUUUGAAAAUUCCUCAUGAGAAAAUAGUUUUUUGCUUAAUAUAAGUCACCAGGCUUAAGAACCAAAUCUUGACAAGCACUUACAUUGAAGUCACUACAAUGACAAUGUCCUAGAGAAAUGAGCAAAACAACUAAUGAGGCAGAGGACAACAUUACAGAGAAUACAAUAAAUGCUGUUCUUAUACUGGUAAACUUAUGUAUGGGGAAAACCUGGGGGAUCAAAUACAAAACUAGUUUCAGCUAUGAAAAGAUUCAUUAAUAAUGUAUAAAAAUAGUAACCAUCACCAACAGACCAACCAAUUAGAAGAUAGCCUGGAGAAUAAGGACCUCAUUGUCCAUAACCUAAGCAAAAUCAAAUAUCUCGGAAUAAACAAUGAACCAGCAAAAACUGAAGGACCCCCAAAGGUUUUAACAACCAUAACGACAUUCAAUAUUUUGAUAAGAAAGACAGCGUUCUAAAAUCACCAAAUACUCUUCACGUAGGCUACGCAUGGCCUGUGCUUUCUAUACAAAGACUGACCAAACUGUUUUUGUUUUCUGUCCAGGAGGAAAGGUAACAAGAAGAAUGGUAAAAGCACUGAAAAUGUCGCAUAGAGGAAUGUGGUGAGCUACAGAGACUAAAAGAUAAAGUGUGUAAAACUAUAGUCCUCAAAGACACGCAGUGAGUGGGUAGAUAAGUUGACACGAUAGGCUAAAAAGCACAUGGUAAGAGUGGCAUGUAAAAAAGCUAUUCAAGGAGUGAAGUCUCUCCUAGCAGCACAAGGCUCCUAGGUCUACUGACGGGCAGUAACUGCGUCUUCCUUGCCACCACAUUCCAAGCACCCCGCCCGUUUCAUGACAAAGCAACGAUGACCUGUUAUGAGGGAGCACGACACAGUAGCUGAUCAAUAGAGGACACAGGUGUGCAUGGUAACUCUGAACACAGCAGCAUAAAAAUGCCAGCCAGGAAGAAGAUCAAGGCUUAAGGUGUAAUGAAGAGAAUAGCCUAGCUUGACACACGCACGGGAACCUUCUAGGUAUGGCUCGAACUGUGAACAUACAGGAAUGCUUGUACGAGCGAAUGAUGGAGAUCUCAUUACAGAGAUGCUCGAUGCACCAUCAGAGAGGGACACAUACAUCAUCCUUGAAGUAGCGUAACGUCGGGACCCAUAGGCGUGGCUCUACGUGGUCUCAAGCAAGCCAUGUGCGUGCAGCUCACAGGGAUUAUGACAAACGGAAGUAUACUUUUCAAGCCCUGAAGGUGCCCAAGCAGUGAGUCUCGUUUGUGACAGGCACUCACUUCACUCUCAUCUUUUACCUCCAUAGGAGCCCUGGGUGACUUGGACCAGACAGACCCAGUAGUAGUCCCCAUAUUUUUGUCAACGAAAGUUAAGUCUGGGAGCCACAGACUGGUCAUCAUCGUCACGAUGCCCUGUGCUAGCACCGAUGGAGGAAGCCGCUUUGCCUGCAAGCCUUCUGCUCCAUUUGCAAUCAUACUAGCAGGCAGUGAUGACAGGCGUAGAGUUAAACCAGGACAGGAAGCAGUGAGGAUGUUCCUGGAUCUAGAAUCUCUGCUUUCCUGGGCUGACAUGCGGAAUACUGUGAUUCUCAACCCCUUUGGGGACUCAAAAGACUCUUUCACAGGGGUCACCUAAAACCAUCGGAAAACACAGACACUUACAUUACGAUUCAUACCAGUAGCAAAAUUACAAUUAUGACAUACCAGCAAAAAUAAUUUAUAGUGGUGGGGGGUGUCACCAAACAUGAGUGAUUGUACGUAAGGGUUGCAGUGUUGGGAAGGUCGAGAGCUACUGUUUUAGCAGGUCUGAGACAAAUACUUAGGUUCCUGCUGGGGACAAACAGGGCUGGGCCAGGGGUUGAGCACUACUGAGCUGGCAAACACAGGGUUCUCUGCUGAAGUCUGCUAAGUAAGCAAUCCAGUGAGGGUAUGGGGAGUAACUAGGAUCAAGAGCAUAGAACACAGGAACAUGUCUCCUUUAUCACGAGAGUCUAUCGGUCUAGAAACAUGGGUUUUUAGGCAAAGGCAGCAUGGUAUAAAGGAGAAAGGGGCACAUUACCCUGGAGCCCGAUUCCAAUCCAGGACUUGUACAUGGUACCUGCACGAACUUGGCUAAGAGAUUCCUAAGCUCUCUGAAAAGUGGGAAUCCAAAUCUCCACAGUGAAAGAUUUUGUUAAAGGGGUAAAUAGGUGUGCACAAAAUAAUUAGCACCUUGAAAUGGGUGACAUCUUCCCAGCAUUUCCCCCAGGGGACAGACAUUACUCUGUUACCCUAUACCCUCCACAGAUGCCCCCGCUUGCUUUCUACGUCCACGCACCCCCGAUUCCCUGCUAAAGUGACUCACAUACAAGAACUUAGCAAAACACAUUGACUGUUCCCCUAGAUCCUGCUUGUUUAAGAGAUGUCUUCAGAAACACUCAGCCAAGGGCUCACUGCCCAGUGUCUCAGAAGGGCUUGGUAACACCACAGGGCUCUGGAAAAGACUAAAGUCUCCCUCACCACUGCACAGGGAAUGAGCCGCACACUCCCUAGCUGGUAAGUUGAUGCCAGUUUUUUGUUUGUUUGUUUGUUUGUUUUUGGUUUUUUUAAUCACUAAGUCCCAGAACAGUUCAGAAUUCUUAGUGUGAACUAUCGCUUCCCAUCGGCUACGGGGACGAGUAAGAAGCUCAAGAAAGGAACUCCCCAAAGUACUUUGUACACUCUGGCUCUUUUAAUCCCCAUGGGCCAUGAUCCCAUUGUCUAGCUGAUUAAAAACAAAUUGUGGUUAGAUAAGUCACGCUAACCACGAGAGCUAGAGACCACCAGAGCCAAGAGUCAUGAGCUGAUAGUUUGGCAUAAGAUGGUGAAAGGGAGGUGUUGGGAUGAGGCCUGGCAGAACUGUGGAACCCGGUGUUCUUUCUCUUUACUCACACAGGCCCGACCCUCAAGACCCUCAUCGGCACCCACCUUCCCAAUUCUCAACAACACUUACGUCUCCUCAUUUCUCCCUUCCCUUUCUCCCAUUCUUUGCCCACAUAGACUUUGGAAGCCUCCAUUUUAGCCCGCAGCAAUGUGAAGCCUCGAUAGGGAUUUUCCACUGGCUGUCCCUGCCUUGGACAUAGAACCCCUGGAGGAGGCCGGCCCAGGGUCUCCGAGACACAAGGGCUCCAGCCCAGAGAGGAGUCUGCUCAUUGUGAUUCUUUCUGUGCACACCACUUUGGCUUUGCUUUCCUUAGGGUGUUUCUGGGUUUUCCCAACAAUCUAAUAAGCUGAGUGUUACUGAUUCAGUUAUCUUUGCGCUCAGGGGAGAGGGCCAAAGGGAAACUUGACACCCGUUGCAGAGUGAGUUCUUUUCUGGGAAAGUCUGAAAUGUCUCCUGUAUGGUUCAUGGCUGUUUACCUCUGUCUGCAACCUAACCCCUGGAGUUGGCUGUGCCUUUUAGCAAGUAACUCAGCGUUUGGGAUCAGGCUGUAUUCUUCCAUCUUCUGAGGUAGUCUAUAGCCAAAUGGAAAACACAGCUCUUCAAUUUUUGCAUCCACAGCCUCUAGAAUAAAAUCUGCCCCAGAGCAGGCACCAGGGAAUCAACAUAGAACGGGAGCUAAUUAUAAAAAGCAUUUAUCACAAACAUGGGCUUGGCACUGGUGGAUGUGUGGUGAUGGGGAGGGGCGAGAUGCCUUGGUCUCGUCAAACCUGAUUAUAGACUCCAUACCUGGGGGCCACAGUGUCACUUCUUAGCAUCCCAAAACAAUGAUACCCUGAGAGGUUUUCCUCCACUUGUUCAUAACUGUUCCAGCCCAGCAUGUCUCACUGGGCCAUAGCCGAACAAAGUGUGCUUGUGCUCAAAUUUGAGCUUGACAAGUGACAAAUAAUUUUGAGCAACACUUAUAAGCCAAGUACUAUGGAGCACUUUGUAGAUACCAUUUUAGUCCUUAUUACUGCCCUACAGUGAUAAAGCCUCACUUUAAGAUUGUCCUGUAAGACUUUAGUCAUUUGAAAUUGUCUUUAUUUUACAAAGUGGAAACCUUAUUGAUUUCUGUGGUAAUUUCUGUCGCUUCCUCUGUCUUUAGGUUUAUUGUCGUUCCUUUCUGUAAGGCCAUAAGUAGAACUUAGUUAUUGAUUUGGGAGACUUUAUUCUUUUCUAAUGAAUGCGUCGAAGUUUGUAAACUUCUAUUUUUUUUCAAGAUUUAUCUAUUUUUGGUCUAAAUGUUUGCCUUUGUUUGUGGUGAGAAUUCUGGAAUUUUGAUUUCUUUAAAAAACACAAAAAUAUUAUAAUAUAUUUUCAUUUUAAUCCUGGGCAUGGGGAUAUGGGGCUGCUGACUAUGAUUUGCCUCGUGCACUAUCAGGGGCAUGAUUUUGCCAGCUGCAGAUAGCUUCUGCAAUUAUGUAAUGUUUGGGAUUCUGGAGACUUUUCAGAGGGUAUACAAAUGCUAGGGCCCCAAGAGGAGGGGGUGCAUUGCUGUUGGUUGGUUGGUUGUUGGUUGGUUGUUGGUUGUUUGUUUGUUGUUGGUUGUUGGUUGUUGUUGGUUGGUUGUUGUUGGUUGUUGGUUGUUUGGUUGUUGUUUGUUGUUGGUUGUUUGGUUGUUGUUGGUUGUUGUUUGUUGGUUGGUUGUUGUUGUUUGUUUGUUGGUUGUUGUUGUUUGUUGGUUGGUUGUUUGUUGGUUGGUUGUUGUUGUUUGUUGGUUGGUUGUUGUUGUUUGUUUGUUGGUUGUUGUUGUUUGUUGGUUGGUUGUUUGUUGGUUGGUUGUUGUUGUUUGUUUGUUGGUUGUUGUUGUUUGUUGGUUGUUUGUUUGUUUGUUGGUUGGUUGUUGUUUGUUUGUUUGUUGUUGGUUGUUGCUGUUUUUUGGUUGUUUGUUGGUUGUUGGUUGUUGGUUGUUUGUUGUUGUUUGUUGUUGUUUGUUGUUGGUUGGUUGUUGGUUGUUGUUGGUUGGUUGGUUGGUUGGUGGUUGUUGUUGGUUGGUUGUUGGCUGGUUGUUGUUGUUUGGUUGGUGUUGGCUGGUUGGUGUUGUUGUUGUUUGGUUGUUGUUGGGUGUUAGUUGUUGCUGAUCAUUGUUGGUCGUGAUUUGUUAAGUAGUCAUGUGCAAAGAAGAUACAAAAAGAAAAAAAGGUUAGAUAUCCUGACUGGGAAGAUGAAAUUUGCCCAGAGGAACUUGAUGUCCCUAAUCAGCAGGAAGUAGUCUAACAGUAAUGUCACCCCCUUUCUGGCCCCUGACUUUAUUCAGGGAGCUCUUUCCUUUCCCCUAUAUCCUUUUUGCUCUCCUAUUUAGUGUUAGGGGGUUGAAAGGGUAGGGAAAGGAUAGAGAAGUAUGGAAGAAAGAAGAACAAAAGUAGAAGUACAGAAGUAACAAAAGACCAGCUACAUUUGUGCUCACAAAGGCUCCACUAGAAUGGGAAUUAUGGACAGCUGUCAGCAACCCAAAUAUAGGUGCUGGACACCAUUCCCAUGUUCCCUAACAGAACAAGUGCUCUUGACAACUGAGCCAUCUCUUGGGCCUUCUCUAUCAUCUUCUACUGCAUCCCACACAUUAUUUAAGGUGCAUUUUAAUUUCAUUUGUUGCAAAGUAUUUUUUUAAACUUCACUUGAUGGCUCUCAUUUAGAGUUUAGAUUUGGUUUGGUUUUGUUGUUUUUGUUUUAUUUUAUUAUGGUUUAGCUAUCUUUUUCUUUUUUUUAAAUCUUUUUCUUGAUUAUUCUGUAGGCUGAAACUAUAUUGUAUGGCUUCCUUCUAUAAUUUUUAAAAUAUUUUUUAACCUGAAGUGUGGUCUGUCUUGGUGAAUGCUCCAUGUGAUCUUAUACAGAAAGUGUACUGUGCUGUGUUGUGUAGAGUGGUCCACAAGUAUCAGUUAGCCCCAGAUCAUUGCUAGAGCAGUUGUGAUCUUCUGUAUCAACAGUGAGUCUCUAAUUGCUUUAUCUGUUCACUAUUAAAAGUGGGUGUUAAACAAUACAAUUACUGAAGUGUGUUUAUAAAAUAUACUAUGGAAAAAAUACUAAAAAAAAAGCACUCGUUUCUAAGCAUAUACUUCUAUUAAAUGUGUAGUGUGUGCAAGUGUGCAUGCAUGUGUGUGUCUGUGUGUCUGGGUGUGUAUGUGCAUGUGUGUGCAUGUGUGUGUGUGUGUGUGUGUCUGGGUGUGUAUGUGCAUGUGUGUGCAUGUGUGUGUGUGUGUGUGUGUGUGUGUAUCUGUGUGUAUGUGCUUGUGUCUGUGUGUGUGUAAUUUGAGAGUGUAUGCAGGUCUUCACUCAAAGAGGCCAAAGACCAAUGUGAUGACAUGCUGGAGUUAUAGACGAGUACUUCCAUGUCUAAUUUUACAUGGGUGCUAGAGGUUUAAAGUCCUCAUGCUUAUAUAGUAAGCACUCUUACCCACUAAGCCAUCUUUCCAGAAUUAAAAUUCUAUUUAAAAAGACUAAACAAUUCUGUUCACAUAUUUCUCUUACAGGUUGAAUUUUGAAAUCGCCAUUGGCAAACCAUGCUUACAUAUCUUGUUUGCUUCCCCAGCCUCCAGACCUAAAGUUCCCAAUAAUAAUUAUUGCUCCAGCUGUGGUGGCUGGUGUUUUGUUCCAUGCUUCUCCAUGGCAACCACUGAGCUAAGGCUUUAGCAUGCACCGCUUACUAGAAUACUUGGUGCUCUAGAAACUCAAGGCUUUAUAAAGUUCAUUGUCCCCAAGAGGAAAUACCCACUUAAAAAGGUUAAGCUUAACAACAAAUUCACACAUUUUUCAUAACAAGAAAAAGACUGGAUUUGAAAACUGGAACUGAAGAAAGCCCUUAAGUCCAUGCUGCACAAGCCCCAUGAAAUUUGGUUUCAUGUCCUGAUAUAUCAGACAUCCUGUCUUCCUCCUCCCUAAGAGCUUUCCUCAAACAAAUAUUUCAUGCGUCUUUUCUUCUCUUCCCAUUGAAUCGAUAUGGGCAUGUGCCUAAAUAUAACCCAUUAAAAUACAUCUCAACUAUGGCUCAUCUCAUUCCAUAGACCCAUGCAGCCUCAGCUUUUAAAAUGUUCUUUUCACAUUCCAGAAAAAGCAGGUCAUGUCAUGUGUGACAGUUAGCCUUAGGUCUCUGACAUUUUUCCAGAACCUUGAAACAUCUAUACAGCCUAUACCCAAGACUUUGCUACCAAGAAGGAAGGAUGGUGGGGGUCGAAGAAAUACCCAUAAUACCCUUCAGCCCAUAGAAACACGUGCAUGGGUCCCCUACCACACCUAGACCAUUACUACCCCAAGCACAUCCAAAUCACUCGGCCUGCAGCUAUUUUCCUGAACACCAUAAGGUGGCAGUGUUGCAGUGUGAAGUGGGAUUCUGGAAUUGUGAGACUGAAUUUCCCCAGGGCUGUCCACAACCCUCCUACCUUCCUUCUCAUCUCAACAUCAUAUUUCUCUGAUCAACUGCAAAUUGUCUUCUUCACCUCCGCUCAAAUGACAUCAUGGCACCUCCUUGUUGGAGCCUCUCCUAAGUGCCCUCUCCCAACAAGCUCGUGGUAUUUUUUGGUCAUUGUUCCCAAACAAUCCAUAAUCUCUCUUAAAACACUCAUCAGACUGUGUUAGGGAUGUUUAAAUACAUGUCUUCAAACAGAAAAGGCACCUCACCUCUGAGUCAGUGUAUUUGCUUGUUUUAUAAUAUUUAGUUUCAUAACACUUUAGAAUAACACCUAGAAACAUGAGUUAGAUUCUGAAGAAGUGAUGGUCUGGAUGAACCUGGCUGCAUGUAAAAUUAUACUGUAUUUGUAAACAGUAAGAACAUAUGAGAAUUCUCCAAAACACAAUUCACUCCUCACGAUUAAAGUACGAAACAUAUUUGAUGGAUACCAUCAAACAUCUUAAUUUACGUGCAAGAAUUUGAAGCUAUAGCCCACCACAGAAGCUAUAAAAUCAUGGAGUCCAUAGAAUACUGUGAAUUAUUUCUCUUAGUUUCAGUGUUGGGUCUAUUGUCUGGCCUCUCCCCAUCACCCUCUCUCUGCUACUCUCCGAAGCUCCCCUCAUGACUACUCUAGUCUUAGUUUUUACAAGUAACAUCAACUACUGUAGAUUUAAAAAGAGGACUUUGGAUGUUCUCCCCAUAAAGAAAUGAAGAAGGUUUGAAGAUGAUGGCUGUGCAAGUUACAGAGUUGAUCACUAGUCAAUAAACAACGUGCUAAAUCAUUGCCUUGUACCUCAUCAUAUGUAUAAAAUUAUUUGUUGGUUAGAAGUAGAAUACGGUAAGAAUUUAGCCCUAAAAAUAUCAGAAGGUCAGAAUCAAGAAGAAAAUAGGCCUUUAAGACGCCCAAGCCACAAGCCCUCCUUCAGCUUAAUUCAUUGCUUUUUCUGUCACUGACACUUUUCAAGAGCUUAAAGAGUCUAUACGGUCUAUACCCAAAACUCUAUUAGCAAGUAGGAAGAAUGGUGGGCAUUGGAUAAAUACCCACAAUGCCUGUACAUGGGUCUGAAUUCUGCCCUCUAGCAGUUAGACUCCUCAGUUUCUGAUACAGUGCUGACAUUUUCAAAGAGUCUGAAAUACUGCUUUUGUGAAAAACAUGUUUGAUGUAUUUUUUGUUCCCUGGUGCCUCCUUUGGGGAUCUUGGCUUUGGGGGGAGGUAGGUGUCUCUCUCUGAGGCAGCAUCAGCUCGCCAGGAUGCUAGCACAACUCCAAGGCCAGCCAAGACCCAGGCAGAAGCAAUCACAUGGAAAUGCUGAGCCAACCAAAACAUGCUUCCAAGCAUGAAGAGGUUGUUAUCCUUAUUAGUCAGAGCCCUGAGAAGUUGAUCGCGUAGGUCAGGGUUGACAAGAUUUUUCUGUAAAAGGCCCGAUACUAAAUAUUGUAGGCUUUGCAAGCCAAAUGGUAUCUGUCAUAGCUACUGAACUCUGCCAUUGUACCAUGAAAGCAGCCAUGAGCCAUAAGAGAGCAAAUCAAUGUGCUGCAUUCCAGCUAGUUUCAUUCACGGAUAUAAAAUUUUGAAUUUCAUAACAUGUUCUUGUGCUGUGAAAUAUUAUUCGUCUCUUGCUUUCUUUCAACCGUCUAAAAGUGUAAAACGACUCCUAGCUUGAAAGCUGUAUAAACACAGGUGCUGGACCACACUUGGUUCAGGGACCAGAGUUUGUUGACCUCUGAUGUCAUUUAAGAUGUGUGCUAGCCAGUGGAGCCACCAUAGCAGAGGAACGACUCAGGAAAGCAUCCAACUUAUGAUGGCACUAUUUGAGAGACUUUAGCUCUUACAAAUUCAACUUAAACAUAGCUAUGUUUACCUCAUGCCUUGUUCUUUUGACCUGAGUCUAUUUUUCCACCGGGGGUGUUGGCUUGUCUCCCUAUGGGUGAAGGCCACAUCACGAUGAGUCAACCAUAUGGCAUAGGAGAAGGGGGUGGAGGUUUCCAGAGUAGGGCAUCCCCAAUAGAUGAGAAACCACAGCCAACUGCUCAUUAUCCUUUCACGAGGCUUUAGGUCAAGGCUUUCGUGCUUAGCCCUGCAAGAAGAAGCCAUCUUAGAGACAUCAGUCCUGCGACUGCAUCGUCUCAGCCUGUUGCGGGGAGGAUUGGAAGGAUGGUGGCCCCAUCUGUUUUCCCAAGCUCUAUUCUAGCGGGGGCAUCAGACACACAGAUUGACACUCUGAGGAGUGGGAUGGAACUGGAGACAAACAACAAACCCAAAACAAAAUCAUGUUAACUUUAGGCCAUCCUGAGAUACAUACUGGGAUUGGCCCACAGGGAAAGAAUAGAGCAGGGUUGGGGUUUUGAAAGAGCCUAGAAAAGGGAACCAAUAGGUGUUAAACAGGAUGCUAGGGAGGGUCUUCGUUGAGGUGAGAUCUAUACCCCAGUCAGAGUGAUAGAGCAGACAGAGUAGAAGGAGCUCAGUGCUGAGCUCUGCAAAGCCAGUGGCAGGUCUAUAUGAUCGUCCAACUCCCAACACCCGUCACAAAGAAAAUGAACUCUAAGAUGUACUGGGGGUGGUAACAGAUUCUCGGUAGAUCUUCCUAGAACCCCUUCCAGAGGUUUGAAGUUAAAAAAAAGAGGCAGACAAGCUCACUUUGUUUCUAUAGCAGCUGGUUCCUGGAAGCCACAUUGCAAAACACAGUGAGUUAUCAUUCCCUUUCUUCUACUGUUUUGUCCAUUGUCUCCAGGCUUCCUUUUAGUGUCAAAUCCAAACUCAGAGCAGCAGGAUUUGCUGUGGCUCUGUAGAAUCCUAGGACAGAGAGCAUUAAUGUAAAGGAGGAUGCUGAGAUGGGAAGAGAACAAAGGUGGCCCUUUAGCCUGACUGUAUCAGCACAGCAGGGAAACCUGAGCCAAGAGAACUGAAUGGAUGGCCUCUGAGAGGGAGCAGAACAUCCUGCAUUUCCUCAGCAUAGCCUUCCCUGAGGCCUCUCUGAGCUGGAUGUAACCCGAUGCCUGGUGUCCCAAGGGAACCGUGUGGGUGAAACGAAAAUGUCAAUCUCUGAAGCCUUCACACAGGCUGCUGACCAGCAGGACCCGUGACCUCCUGUGCAGGCUCACUCCAGGUGAGACCCAGUCUCAGCAAACCAGCGGGGGUUGGUGGCAGUCUAUUCAGCCAGACAUCAUAAAAGUGUGUUCAUAGGGCACAGAGACAGAGUGUCAAGUAUUCCAGAAAAAAAAAAAAAGAGUCACAGAAUCAAUUUGGAAGCAUUUGGUACAUACAGCAUUAAAAAAAAAUCCCACAGAUCCUUAGAACACACUUUUUGUUUGUUUUUGUUUCAGAGAGAGGAUCUGGAGCAGCGCAGGCUCAAACUCACUGUAUGUAGUAGCCUCUGCUACUCUCCUAAUAGGCUCCUACCUCUGCUUCUGAGGGUUAGGAUUACGGUGUGUACCCAGAUCCUCCGUAACAUGUCAUUUUAAAGGCACUGUUGAAGAGGACACGAGCUUCUGAAGCCUGCUGUCUGGAUCUUCCUUUCUAGAUUGAGCCAGUGAAGUCAAGGGAUGGUCUGGACCACACUAGCACCAUUUGGCAAAAACAGAAGCCAAGACGGAUUAAGGACUUGCCCACAACAUCUGUCACAGGGUGUGCUCACACUCUUUUACUUCCAAUUGCCCAGAUUUUAAGUGACUAUGAAAUCAACUUAAUGGGUGUAGCCAGCCUUUUUGUUACUGCUGUGGGUGAUUAGCAUGCUGUCUGCCGACUCCCUGUCUGCAUUUCCUUCAUGAGGACGACUUAGGAUGAAGCUGACAUUCUUAAUGCUUGCUCCUUGCUGUUGCCUCCUAUAGAGCCUUCCCUGACUAUUCAUUGUAAACAAGCCCCCAACAUGUGAACACACACACAACUGCAUACAUCACACACACACACACACACACACCACACACACACACACACACACACACACACACACACACACACACACACACACACCACUCUGUUUAUUGAUUGUAUCACAUACUUACUGGAAAUGUUAUGUUUACCUCCACACACCCAUUCAUCCCACUAAGAUUAUUGGCUCCAGGAGCUCAGAGAAUGGGGUUCCCUCUACAUCCCCCUGCCCAUAACAGUGCCUGGUUUGUACACAAUUGACACCCUAAUGGCAUCAAAAUAAAAUCUCUUUGACUUGUAGGAGGUUCUACCCCAAAGGCUGGUGGUCCAUUUCCCGUUUGAAUUUGGAGAAUCUGGCAUGCAUGCCCGUGUACACAGACACACAGACACACAGAAACACACACACACACACACACACACACACACACACACCACAUACUAUCCAUACAGCAAGGACGUUAACACAGGCCUUGGUCCUUCUUCACACACCUGGGCUUGACCUCCCUGUCAGAGCGUCCAUCUUGUUGCUCAAGCAGAAAUAACAGUCACGUACUCUGGUAAUCUACCUCAAGCCCAUGGAAGCUCACUUACACCAACUGUCCUUUUAAAUUAUUUUAACUUUCAUGUUUGUUAUAAUAAAAUUAUAUGGCCAUGUAACUAUUUCCAUAAGUAAGAAUCAAGUCUACCAUUCUCCCUCACUGAACUAUUACAUGAGUGGAAUCAUAUAGAUAACCUUUCAGGCUAUUGUUUUUGUUGUUGUUGUUGUUGUUGCUGCUGCUGCUGCUGCUGCUGCUGUUGCUGUUUCUGUGUAGCCCUGGCUGUCCCGGAACUCACCCUGUAAACCAGGCCGAUCUUGAACUCAAAGCGUUUGCCUCCUCGGUGCUGGGAUUAAAGGCAUACUCCUCCACAAGCAUCUGAGGCUGACCUUUUUUUUUUAACCAACGUAACUCCUUGGCAAUCAUCCAGACGCUGUGUUUGUGCAGCGAUUCCACUUUAUUGGUGAGUCCCAUCCUCGUGUGUGGCUGUACCACGCUCACCUUAGCUAAUCACCUUUGAAAGAACAGUCGUUUCAAAUUUGGGUGAAUUCCGAAUAGAGCCACCAUAAACAUUAGGAAUAGCUUCUGCAGGGACCUGUUUCCUCUCUGUAGGACAAAUGCCUUGGAGUCGGGUCAUACUACAUCACUCUGUGUGCCCCUCAGCACUGGGUGAGAAUCCUGGGAGCUCCACACUUCCCCUGGUGCCUACUUCUGCCAGUCUUUUUGCUUAAAAAAAAUAAAUAAAUGUAGCCACUGGAGGGGAUUUGCAAUAGCGUGUCCCCCAAGAGGAAGGAAACGGCUGUAACUAAGGAUCACAGUCUCAAAGGCUGACAAAUGACCUUGUAUUUCCAAUCAUAGGCCAGUUGGGAAGAGAUGGAUGGGACCAAAGCAAGGCAGUCAACUUCAGGGACGGUCUAGAAGAGCAUGCCUCUGAGUUAAUUUGUCUAUUACCAGUCCGUAAGACUGCCAUGCUAGAGUGUGUUUAAGCUUAUGCUGGUACUCUCAUUCAAAGCUCCGUACUUGGGUGUGUUCACGCUUAUUUUAGUACCCUGAUCCAAAGCACCUAAGUGUCCCAUGGUCCUUCUAUCUGUUUCUUACUCUCUUACCUGAAACAAGCUGAAAAGCAGUAAUACCAAUUUUCUCGAAGUCUGUGUUUGCCUUGUCAGGUAAAGGAGUUAGAAGCGCAUGCUCAGAGAGUGCGUGGAGUUUUCAUGUGUUUUGUUACAGGUGCCUGUGUGUGCAUAACCGCUGGCGUGGUUGUGUUUGGAGGCCAGAGGACAGCAUUGGGAUGUCUUCAGGUACCGCCCCACCUUGCUUUUUGAGACAGGGUCUCUCACUAAACCAAGAGCUCACGGUUCUGGCUGCUCUGGCCUGAGGAGCCCCUGAUCUCUGGCCCGAGGAGCCCCUCAUCUCUACGCCCUAGCACCAAGGUUCCAGAUGGGCUCUGCCACACCUGGCUUUUGUGUAGAUUUUGGGAUCCAAACGCAAGUCUUCGCGCUUGUGCUUUGCAUAGUGAACCAUCCCCUCGUCCCCCAAAUAUUUUAAUUCGAACUACAACAGAAUUGGUUUUGUAACUGAAUAUAUUUGGUUUUCCUUCUUUUUCCUCCUUUCCCAGGGGUAACUAAGAGAACCAAGCCAGAGGGCAAAGGUUCACUGAGCUAGAAUAAGAGAAGGCUAAGAACCAGUUACUUUCUGGAGCAUGUAUGCAGAAAGGCGGAGUGCCUCAGAAUAAGCCUUGCAAGCUUUCAGGGAGCACAUCUAGCUGAAGCCCAGAGCUGCCCUCAUUUCCCACCUACUCCAAGCCUGGACUCUGUUAGAUUUAUUGGGUUUAUUCCCCGCCCCGCCACACACACACCCCGCUUUCCCACACCCUAACAAAAAACUUGAUCCCAUGUUGAUUUUAGCCCCCCCCCCAAUUAAUUAUUUCUCUCACUUGUCCUGAAUGGAUAUGACCAUUUUCCAAGAACUUUUUAUCAUUUCUCUGAAAAAUGAGUUGACUAUUCCUUAAAUCCAACUCAGUCAUCCCUUUGGGGCUGUUAAACCGAUGUCCCCGGCCAAAGAAUCGGUGGCACGAAGCGCUGUCUUGGCUUUUCUACUUGUUUUCCUGUUUUCUUACUAACAGGAGUGGGUGUCUGGAAGAAAUGAGGGCCUCUGGCAUUGUAGGGCCCUUCUGCUUAUGUGUUCAGAACAGUGAGGCCCUGGCUAUGGGUCCUGUGACACCGAGUCACUUAACGAAAUAAACAGGUCCUCAGAAAGAUGUUUCCACAUGGCGCAUGGGAGAAUUUUCUCAUCAUUCUAUUUUACUGGGUGUCAGCUACUCUUACUAUCAAGGCACACAAAUCUUAAAAAUGAAUUAACCGCAUGCUCAAAAAAAGGGUCAGCGUGCUGCUGAUGGAAAUAAAUGUAGCCCGAAUUCUUCUGAUGGAGCAGAAAUGUUAGGUCAGCAUGUUAAGAACACAGUGCAAUCUUUCAAAAUUGCAAGUUUAACUCUUUGUUUAAUAAUGUAAAGAUCAUAGAUUUGCUAGAAAACUGGGUGCUGAAAAAUUAUUGAAUUAAAAAAAUAGAAAAAAUAAAAGAGAAAAGAGGCUAAGGUACAGGUUGAUCAAAGAAAACGUGUUGUAAUGCACUUUUUUCUCUUUUUUCUUUACCAUUAGGGAGUAAUGCACUGAUAUAUAACAGUGUUGAAUGUAUAUACAGACCACAUAGUGGUGUGAAAGUUUAAUUAACACCUGUAGGGACUGCUAGAACCGUAUACCACGGUGUUUCAAUGCAAGGCACAAAAUAAUAGUAGAAAUAAAUGACCAAUUAGACUGUAUUUCCUGCACCAUAAAAAGAAACUUCAAAGAUUUAUGACAGUGGUCUUUAUUGUUUAGGUGACACUGUUUCAUGAUAGACAGUGAAGACAGAGCAUGUUAAAUGUUGGUAUAUCACAUUAGUUAAUUCUGUGUGCAGAGGAUCUGUGUGCACUGUAUCAGCUAUAUACAGAUUAAGAACAUACAUGACAAAGUACAAAAGCACAAGAAGAGGUUAAAUAGGGAAUUAUUUCUGGGUUAUAAUCACCUGGUAACAUACACCUUCUGUCACACAACUGUGUCACUGCUAAAAACAGUAAUUAGCAUACAUGGUGAUGAUCUCUAUUUAAUCUAGCACAGCCCUGGUGUGAAUACAUAAGGGCAUGAUAAUAUUUCACAGGUACAGGCUAAGUUCUGGGGCAUGAACUCUUUUGAGUAAUUCAUAAAACACACCUGAGGCAUAUUUUUUGUUUUUGAAAAAAAAAAGCAACGUUCUGACAUAGUCCAAGCUUUACUGUGCAAGGGAGACAUUUAAUAAAAACAUACUUUUGCUGCCCUGACAGGAGGUGGAUACUCUGAUGAAGAUGGUGACCAGCAAAAGAAAUCCCUCUGUAGCAGAAUAAGGCAGGCUUUCCAACUAAGCCAGUAAUCUAUUAGCUUCCGAAUAUGACAAUUGUUACUCUUUCCUGACUUGUAUCCUCCUUCCUUUCACUGGGUUCUAAAUAUAUACAAAGUAGCCCCCUUCUUUCCCCUUUGCUGAAAGCAUCAGACGAACAUGACCCCUACGUUCACAAAACAUCUGGGUCUGGUUGGCUUAAUGAGGAGUCCAGAUUGGUUCAUGAAGACUUUUCACUCUUACAAAUUUCUCAUAGUAAAGAGGCCAUGGAGGCUCAAAUCACUGUCCCGACCUUACUGAGGUGCAUGCUUUUAAAAUGUCUGAAAAACUUAAAAAUGUUUACAGAGUUAAUUUUUGUAGUUGAAAUCAAGGCCUCGAAAAUACUGACACAACCUGUGUUUCACAUUCAAGGGGUUCUGUUGUGAGAAAUUUAAAUAAGGAUUACAUUAUAUUUUUUAUAAUUCAAUCUCCAACUACAAAAUAGAUGUGGAUGGGGGAGAGAGAGGGUGAGGGCUUGGUCUCCAGCCAGUCUUAAGAGACACUUGAAGGUAAGACCUGACCCUUGAAACUCCUUUUUUUCUAAACAUCAUGCCUCAAAUGUUACAGGUCAAGAGACUAAUUUGGAGUGAAUGGGGACCAUUUAAACAUUUCUCUCCUGCUCAUGCACUCUCUGUCUGUCAGCUUCUGGCCUCUGCACACAAGGAAUAUCACACACUCCUUCCUUUGCAAUUUUGAUAGGAAAAUUCCAAGAAGCCUAAUGAAACAGAGCCAACCAUAAGCUCUCUGAGUGCCGUGGGCUUCUUUUGUUCCGUCUAAAUUGCAGUGAAAACAGAAAUGGGAAACCCCCCACUCGCCCUGUCCCUACUUUUCCACUCAUCCAACCCUUCUUAACAGGUUUCGGAUUGUUUACACAAUCCAAAUACAUAUAUUUCUCCUCUCUCAGCUACCAGGAAGCGGCUGCUCAGUCUGCCAUCCUAAAUAAGAGCCAAUUUUAGCCGUCUCUGCUGUCUCCCCAAGCAGUCGCUAAACAACCUCCCAAGACAAUCUUCAGAUUCUGACUUAAAAAAAACACAAAACCGCAGACCUUAAUACUCAAUUUAAAAAACACCUACAACAACCAUAGUAAUAGCACAUAAAAAGAAACUAC